AAAAUGCUUGUCUUAGGUCUCUAGGUAAGUUGUUCCACAACUAAUGGUAGUACAGAAAUAUGGCUUUCCCUUUCAGAAGCCACGUAAUAAAAGCUGAGGCCGCGAUUCGUUUAAUCAAUAGUUGAUUUUCACAUGACGUCACUAAAAUUCAAAUUACAAAACUAUUGAUCUUCCUGAGAUUUUACUUUAAUGAUGUAUAAGAGCAGCUGAAAUAUAGCAAUAUAGGAUAAUUGCUGUCAGUUUCAGUGCUGUCAAAGUCCGGCUUUCCUUUCCGUGAUAUCCUUUUGACCUUACUGGAUCCGUGCAUUAUCAAAUGUCAUCUUGAGGGAUGUUUUUUGACAGGUUUGAUAAUGAAUGCACUAAGCAAAGAGAUUACAUAUCGUUUUUCGUUUGCUUUCAAUCGUAAAAUGAGCGCAUUAACCUGAGGAAACUGCAUGAAAAUGGUCCAGGUUUUGCUUGCUGCAGUGUAUCUUUUCAUCACCUUUCCCGCUGUAAUUCAUGCUAAAGAACCUCAAACCGUGAUUCUGGUGUCCAUGGAUGGAAUGCCUUGGAAUCUUAUCAGCGGCAAGUUUGCGAACACACCAAACCUCGACAGAGUGGCGAAGAAUGGAGUCAAAGCCAAAUACAUCAAGACGGUUGUUCCCGGUAAAACAUGGCCAACUCACCAAUCCAUACUCACUGGGUUGUACCCAGAGAGCCAUGGAAUCGUUUCCAAUGUGUUUUGGGAUCCGGUUUAUAAGGAAAUGUUUAUCUUGGAAUUCGACUGCAGCAACUUUGACCCGAAAUUCUACAAUGAAUCGGAGCCAAUAUGGCUGACCCUACAGCGAUCAACAACAAACAAAGGACGCAGUGGAGUGUACUUUUGGCCGGGCUUUGGCGGUUACAAAGAAAUGCCGAACUUCUACGAAAAACCAAUUUGCAAGUUAAACUGCAGUACUGUAGAUCCCAAAGAGCUGCCUAACUUGCGCAACAAGACUCGAAGUACGUGGCCACCUUAUGAACAUUGCUACCCUGACUUUUUCAACAAGAAGACCGAGACAUACCCCAUGCGAGUAGACAGAGUGAUCGGCUGGCUCAAGUCUGACGAUCCUCCUCGCUUUGUGGCGCUGUACAUUGAUGCACCGGACUGGAAGGGUCACUCGGAUGGCGCACUAUCUCAAGAGUACAAGGACUCCAUUGAGGAGGUGGACCGAGAUGCUGUUGGUUAUCUUCUCGAUCAACUGGAGAAGGAAUCGUUCACUGAUAAAGUCAACGUAAUCUUUGUCAGUGAUCACAACAUGGUGAACACAUCUUCAGAGCGAGUGAUCCUCUUGGAUCAGUACAUCGACCCGUCAACAUACACGCUCACCGAGAGUGGAUCACUCGGUCACAUCUGGCCAAACGAAGGAAAGUUGGACGAGAUCUACAAGAACUUGACCGAGCCGAAGACUCCUGAUCAUCUGGCUGUGUACAAAAAGCAAGAUAUUCCCGAGGAUUACCACUGGAAACACAAUCGACGAAUCCCGCCCAUCUUCGUCGAUCCCGACGUUGGCUGGAUCGUGAAGAAGUCCAGUGCCUCUGUCCGACCCGGACACUGGGUAAGAGGAUCUCACGGUUGGCCUCCGCAGAAGGCAAAACUGUACUCGAUCUUGUUUGCGCAAGGACCCGCGUUUAAAGUGGAUUACGAGAUUGAGCCGUUCUCCAUUCUUGAUCUUUACCCAAUGAUGUGCGAUCUCCUGGGAAUAGAGCCACGCCCUAACAACGGCUCCAUGGCAAUUGUCAAGAAGAUGUAUAAAGAGGACGAGAGCCCUACAGCUGGUCAGCGGAGCGUGGUCACGUGGUCUCUUGGAGCCUUGCUGCUCUUGGCUGUUUUUUCCGUUUUCCUUGGAUCAUUUUAGGUGAAAAUAAACUGUUACAGCUAUAUCACAUCGUUAGCAUGAACUUUAUUGUUGAAAUAGUCCGGCAGUGCUGCAGUUCCUUUUGGGGAUAUUUUUUAUCAACAUCUUAAAACCGUUCUUGUCAUAAACUAGAGAUAUUAAUCGUUAACAUGUUUUAGAUGAAAAACUAAGAACAUGUCCUCUAGUUGACCAGGUAAAUGGUCAAAGACUCCAGUUCAAAUCUUAUCAUUCUUCGUGUAACGCCAAACAGCUGGCAUGUUAGUGGUCUCUCGUUAUUUCAUGUGCAUGGGCGAAAACAGCUCAAUAGAUUUGGAACCACUUAA